ACUGAUCCAAAAGAGUUGAUUCAAAUGGUCACAAAGCAUGUUACUCAGCAUGACUAUACAGACUGGCCUGAAGAAAUUGCAACUUUGAUAAAUCAGCUGCAUUACUACAAUGAACGACUACUGGAUUUCACUCAGGCUCAGAUUCUGCAAGGACUUGGCAAAGGAGUGGAUGUGCAGAGAUUUACAGCAGAUGGUCAGUACAAGAGAGAAACAAUACUAGGAUUGACAGAAACACUUGAAGAAAAUGUCUACAAGAUUGCUGUUUCUUUGGCUCAGCGAUACAAUGUUCCACUUUGGGAAGUUUAUAUCACCCAUCUGGAAUUUUUGUUCACUGACAGUGGGUUAUCAACUCUGGAAAUAGAAGAAAGAGCGCAAACUCUUGGUCUCUUUGAGACUUUGAAAACCAAUCCUGAAACCUUAUAUGAACACAUGGUGAAAUAUGUUUACCCAAGUAUUGAAGGUAGAGAUCACCAGCGGUUACUGUAUUAUUUUACACUCCUUGAGAAUUGCGGUUGCUCAGAAGUGGUGAAGCAUGCUGUUAAACCUGAAACUCACAUCCGACUCCUGAAAAAAUUCAAAGCAGUUGCACCAGGUCUUAAUUACAAAAAGCUAAUGGAUGAAAACGAAAACCCUCUGGAAACACUGGAACCUGUCCUUACAAGUCAAAAUAUCUUAUCUAUUUCCAAACUGGCUCCCAAAAUUCCUAAGAAAGAUGGCAGCAUGCUGUCACCAAGCUCCAUUUAUGCUGUCUGGUUACAAAAACUUUUUUGGAAUGGUGAUCACCAUCUCAUUAAAAAAAUGCCAGAAACCAUGGAUGAAUGGCUACAUGCAUAUGAUAUGUGUUCAAAGUACUUGGAUAGACUUGACCCAGAUGAUAUUGUCACUUUUAUUGAUGCAAUUACCUUUUCUUCAAAAGCUGUCACAAAGCUGCCUGUUGAAGCCAGGAUAGAAGUGACUAAGAAGGCUAUGAAGACAGUCAAACAUCUUUCUGAGAAAUCAAGAAAAAAAAAUUCAGAGAAUGUCAUGGAAGAUGCUGAAAGUCCUUCUGUUGCUUAUGGAGAGACUCUGAAUCACUUGCAGCAAUCUCUUGCUCAUCUGGAAACACUUACUCAUAGUUUUAUUACUUACUUGAAAAAAAGCGAACAGGAUACACUACAGAAGUAUGGCUAUUUAUAUGAUUUGUCAAGGUCAGAGAAAGAAAAAAUCCGUGACCAAGCAGUAGCUAUGUGUAUAGACGGUCAGCCUCUGGACAUGAUACAACAGUUGUUACAAGUGGCUGUUGGAGAUCUAGAUCUUUCUCCCAAGGAUGUUGUCCAAUGUGCUAUUAAAAAAAUUGUAUGUACAUUAAGUGGAAAUGAUGACUCAUCUACAUCAGUGAAAGAUCCACUUGGAGUCCUAGAAGGCAUUGUUUCUGCAGUGCAUGCAAGUGUUGAGAAAGGGGACAAAGUAGUUUCUUCAGAUGACCUUCUGGACUGGUUGAGACCUUUCUGCGGUGAUGACACUUUAGCAGUGAAGCCUCGCAUCAGAGUAUUGCAAAUUCUGGAGCAAGCUUUCCAUCUCAGUGACGAGGAUGUUAAGCUACUUGUGUGCUUCAGAACACAAGCUGUUCUCAGAGCUUGCUGGCCUGAAACAAAGGUAGAGAUAACAGAUAUUGAAAAUGAGGAAAAAAGGUAUGAUCUCUUCCUGGGACUUCUGGAGUCUAGUCACAGUCUGUCUGACUUUCAGCACUUGGUUUUACUACUGCAGGCUUGGCCACCGAUGGACACGAACAAUGGAUCGUGCACAGAUGAUAAUCCCUGGGUGAAACUGGGGACUCUUAUGCUGCAGAGAUGCCCACCUGAGGAAAAAGAGAAGACAGGAAAUGAAAUUUUGAAAAUCUGCCGUUCUUUGUAUGACACAAAGCACAUGCUCCCUGUCAAG